AUGGUUUUACUAAAGUCAAAAACUGCUCUUUCAAAGCACAAACAUUCGAAUCUGUAUUUCAAAAAUCACAUAUCGCGAUGUACGAGCCUCGAAGCUAUCUUCAGAUCUCAUCUAGUCAAGUGUAUUCAACAGAAUACAAAUCAAUCUCGAAUUCAUCUUACAGAUUCAGCCCAAGUGAACAGGUGUCGGCCUGCUAAAUAUUCCUUGAUCUUGUCAGACAUUGAAAUGGGUACUGGAGACUUUGACACGAAAACAUCAGCCGAGAGAUAUGCGCCACAUCUCUCUGAAUUCUACCCUUUAGUUAAUAGCACCGGCCAAGUUGGCACAGGAAUUAAUAGACCACAGCUUGAGAAUCCAACACCUGUAGAUAGGCUCGAGUCGCCGUUCAGGUCAGCAACCAAUUCCAGUAUGUUCAGACUUCGCCGGCCCUCAUCCUUUAGAUCUGGGUUUAGCUCCAUAAGUGACCUUCAAAAUUUAGUCACUAAUAAGGACAUGGGGCAGACCGCAGAUACCAUGCAGCAAUUGCUAGCCAACGCAGAGAACUAUGCGAAGGAGCUCUCUGCAACAUCCCAAAAGGCCAGCAUGCUGGCCUUAUCUCUGGAACAAAUGGCACGCUUGAAGGGUUGCAACGACGACACCGCCGACAAGUUUCUCAGUUCCAGCGGUCUAUUCCAUCUCAUUGCGAACCACCAGCGGAUCAUGUCCGAUUGCAUUAGCUCGUCACUUGUCGAUACUUUGAGCAACCGCAUAGACGAAUUCCAGUACAAACGAAGGGUACACGACGCACAUUUUAAGCGAGAGUUCCAUGACGAGGCGAAAAAACUCAAGCUCCAGGAAAAGUACAAUGCUCAGUUCUCUAAACGAAAAACACGCAACUUAUUGUCUUAUCGGGAAAACUUGGCUAAUUUACAAUUGCAACUUGACGAGUUAGAAUCUUUGAAGCAUCGCUACUAUCAGAACUCCUAUGAGAUGGUCGAAAAUUGUUGUUUCGACGUCUUAAAAGAUACUGCAACUGUUUCGAGAGCUCAAGUGGAAAUCAGUGAAAACAUUGCACGAAAAGGGUGGUCUGGUGGAGGGCUGGAUGAUCUUUUGGUGCAUGCAGAGGAUCCAUUCAGUACCGCAGAAAAUGAACCCAAGAACGAGGACGAGACAUACGAUUAUCACAGCGAUGCUCUCAAUUCUCCAGGGAGCUCUCAGAACACUCGGAAUGGUACUCCUCGUACGGCCAUUCUUCGAGCGACACCGUCACAUCGCAAAAGCAUGUCGCAUUCUCCAUCGAGUGCAGCUCCCAUUCAGGAUUCUGAUAGUAACGACGCAUAUGAUAAUUCAUUUUCCCUGCCGAUGCCGAAAUCGCAAGAGCCAUCAUUCAAUUCUGGAGCAGAGGCAAAUCAAAAGAAUAACGAUAGAAACGAAAAUGACGAAGAAGUGAGCAUAGAUGAUGUGGUGAGCGGCCAAAGGAUCUUGGACGGCAUGCACGAUUUGAACCUGGGUAAUGUCAGUACCUCAAGCUUGGCAGACUGA